UGUUGCUUACUUCUGUCGUUUUGCAUGAGACCAAAGCUGACCGGAGAAAAUGAAGUGCGGUGUUGUGUUGCUGUUUGCUGUGCUCUCCCUGAGAACUGGAGCUGCCAUCCCACUGAGUGAAAUUAACUAUGAUCAGGUUCAGGAAAACUUUGAUUUGAAUCAGUUUCUUGGGACAUGGUUUACACUUGGAAAUGGCUGUGAUUGCCCUGAGUUCAUUAAGAAAAUUGAGAAAAUAUUGGCAAUUAGCAAAGCAACAUUCUCAACCAAUGAGGAAAUGAAUAAACUCAUCGUGAACUUUGUAUAUGAUCGGGAUGGAACCUCAUGUGUUCAUGUGACAGCGGAGUAUGAGGUGCAAGACACUCCGGGACACUAUGUAUUUAACUCCACUACAGUCUUAGAAGCCACGGCAGAUCUUCGAGUCAUCAAAACCAACUACCAGGAAUACGCUUUAAUACUGUACGACAGAAUGAAAGGACUGAACCAAACAAAGUCUGUGGCCCUGUACGGAAGGACACGGAAACUGAGGAAGGAGAUCAAAGAAGAGUUCAAAGAGCUUGCGUUGAGACAUGGAAUCCCAGAAGAGAUGAUCUUAUUUUUGCCUGAAAGAGGAGCGUGUCUUCCAUGGGACCCCAUCCCAGAGUCACCAAUCAAGAAUCACAAACGGCGAGCACUUGGAGGACAAGAUGAGGAAGGAUCUGGCCUUGGAGACUUUAGCAGCACAACUCAUUCUGUAGAAUCCUGUCAACUGGCACCUGAUUCUGGGCCCUGCUUUAGCUUAAUUUUAAAAUUCUACUACAACCACAGCUCAAUGGCCUGUCAGGUGUUUAAUUAUGGAGGCUGUGCUGGAAACGGAAACAACUAUGGAACAGAGCGGGAAUGUUUGCAGAGAUGCAGGACUGUAGCUGCCUGUAGAUUGCCUCUGGAACCUGGUCCAUGCAAGUUAAAUGUUGCUGUCUGGGCUUUUGACUCUGCUGUUGGUGCAUGUGUACCCUUCACGUACAGUGGGUGUGGAGGAAAUGGAAACAAGUUCUAUACCAGGAAAGAGUGUGAGGAAUACUGUGAUGCUGUCCCAGAAGGAGACGAUGAACUUCUGGUUGUUCCCAACAAAGUGUAGCUGGAAAUAAAAGAAGAAAACAGUGAGAACAACGAUAGAAAUAGUCAUGAAAGUGAUGAUUUCAAGUGAUCCAUCAGACGCUUUGGACGGCCUGAUACUAAAGGGUAGAAGAGCGGAGUUUACACAAACUCAGGCUCAGUAUUGUGACCAUCCUUUCAAUCUAAUUGAUCAAUAAAAUUCUGUAAUUGAAAAUA